CGGCUAGUGUGUGAGUGUUUCGGAUUAUGUUGUGAAGUUUAAUUCUGUGAUUAGUGACACUUGGAUUAUGUUGUAUUUUUAACUAAUACAGAGGGGGAGAUGGCCCCUCCGCAGCCAACGGGGCUGGUGGACCCCAUAGCUCAGGUGAACACUUACCGCUCAUUCGUCACCAUACUAGCGGACCCCGUGGCGAAGGAUGAGAUCAAGCGCAAAGCAGCGUACGAACUGAGCGAGAGUUUCGAGUUGAUCCUCUCGUCCCCCCAGUACGCAGUUUUCCUCGACCAUGCGAUCAACAUCUUCCUGGAAGUCCUUCAAGGAGGACAGCCCAUGUUCAUCGCAGAGUACAACAUGCAGCAAGUCCGCAAGCUGGUGCUGGAGAUGAUUCACCGGUUCCCGACCAACGAGCUGCUGCGGCCGUACUCCAAGCGCAUCAUAUCGUCGCUCCUGAAGCUCAUGGAGCGCGAGAACGAGGAGAACGCCAUCAUCUGCCUGCACAUCAUCAUAGAGCUGCACAAGCAGUAUCGUCCGCCCUUCACCGUGGAGCUGCAGCACUUCCUGCAGUUCACGAAGAGCAUCUACAGGGAGCUGCCCAGCCACAUGAGCAAGAUCUUCGAGCCGCGCCCGCCCCUCCACGUGCCGGACGUCACGGAGCUGAACCUGGAGCAGGUGCUGGCCGAGACGUUCACCAUGACGCCCGUGCAGACCGACAAGACGGGACUCGACGGCACGCCCGUCCACUACACGCUGAUCCCGAGGUCGGUGUUCUCGCUGAAGGUGCUGCAGGAGCUGCCGAUCAUCGUGGUGCUGCUGUACCAGCUCUUCAAGCAGAACGUGCAGCAGGACGUGACGGACUACAUCCCGCUGGUCAUGACCACCAUCACCCUGCAGCCUUCCCCCCAGCACAGGGCCAGUCCCUUGUUCAACAAGGAGGUGUUUGUGGACUUCAUGGCCGCCCAGAUCAAGACGCUCUCGUUCCUGGCCUACAUCAUCCGCAUCUACCAGGAGGUGGUGGUGAAGCACUCGACGCUGCUGGUGAAGGGCAUGCUGGGCAUGCUGGCGCUCUGCCCGGCCGAGGUGGCGCACCUGCGCAAGGACCUGCUCAUCGCCACCCGCCACAUCCUCGCCACCGAGCUCAAGAUCAAGUUUGUUCCGUACAUGGACCGCCUGUUUGACGACAACAUCAUGCUGGGCAAGGGCUGGACGGUGAACGAGUCGCUGCGCCCCCUCGCGUACAGCAUGCUGGCCGACCUCAUCCACCACUGCAAGAACCUGCUGCCCUUGGCGGAGCUCAUCAAGGGCGCCCGCCUCUUCUCCAGGAACGUGCUCGACGAGACUCUGCCCACCGGGAUCCAGAUAAUGUCAGCCAAGGUGGUGAUGAAGUUCGCGGAGACGAUCAUCAAGUCGGACACUGACGCUGCUCACUGCAGAGAGAUGCUUUUCCAACUGAUGGAAGUGUUUGCUCUCAAGUUCAAGACGGUCUCCAAGAUACAGUUGCCUGUUCUCAAGAGCAAGCAGCAGCAGCAGCAGCAGCAGUCCGCAGGCGGCCCGGGGACCCCCAGCGUACCCGCGACGCCUGCCCCGCCCGCCGCGGGGACCCUCUUCACGCUGACCGCGCUCGCCGCCGUCACCAGCACGGCCACUGCGACGGCUGCUGCAGGCACGGCCGGCUCCGGCGCCGCGGACGACAAGAAGCCACCGGCUCCCGCCGACACCACAGCAAAAGACCAAGAGAAGACGAGAUUUCCAUUUCCUACGACCCAGACAAACACCUACAAUGUGAUGGACUGUCGUAAUUUAGUAAGGACUUUAGUUUGUGGCACAAAAACCAUCGCAUGGGCUCUUGUACAAGGAACCGGGGAGGAGAUGAAUUCGAUGAAGCUGCUCCAGCCGAGGGAGACGACCGUGUUCAUCCGCGUGAUGAAGUGGGCGAUGAAGUCCAUGGACGUGUUCACCCUGAGCACGACCCCUGUCGUCAUGGGCGCGAUGCUGUCCAACCAGAGGGUGGUACCCUCCGUGCCACCGCGGCCGGAGUACGAGGAGAAGGAAGUUCUGGAGCACCUGUCGGGUGUGUUCACGAAGCUGGACUCGCAGAGCCUCCAGGAGCUGUUCUCGGCCACCAUCGAGUUCGUGGUGGACCGCAUCUACCAGAACCCGCCGCUGCAGAUCCUGGUGAGCUCGUUCCUGUCCUACCCCACCACGUCGCCCGUCUUCGCCAAGGUGAUGGUGGAGCACCUGCUGGGGCACAUGGGCGAGAUGGGCCACAACAUCGAGCGCAGCGGCCUGUACUACCGCAUCUUCCGCCUGGUGUUCGGCAGCGUCACCCAGCUGCCGCAGAAGAACGAGCACAUGCUCCGCCCCCACCUGCACCACAUCGUCAACAAGUGUAUGGAUCUGGCGAUGACUGCGAAAGAACCGUACAACUACUUCUUGGUGUUGCGAGCUCUUUUCCGCUCCAUUGGCGGCGGAAGCCACGACCUUCUGUACCACGAGUUCCUACCGUUGCUACCGAGUCUCUUGCAAGGGCUGAACAACCUGCAGAGCGGGCCCCACAAGCAGAACAUGAAGGACCUGUUCGUGGACCUGUGCCUGACGGUGCCGGUGAGACUCAGCUCGCUGCUGCCCUACCUGCCCAUGCUCAUGGACCCCCUGGUGUCUGCGCUCAACGGAUCGCAGACGCUCGUCAACCAGGGGUUGCGCACCCUGGAGCUGUGUGUGGACAACCUGCAGCCGGACUUCCUGUACGAGCACAUCCAGCCGGUGCGGGCGGAGCUGAUGCAGGCGCUGUGGCGGACGCUGCGGAACCCCAACGAGCAGGUGGCCCAGGUGGCGUUCAGGGUGCUCGGUAAGUUUGGCGGCAGCAACCGCAAGAUGAUGAUCGAGCCCCAGAAGCUGUACUACAACGAACACCCGUCUGCUCUUCCGUCGUUGUUCGUGUACUUUGUGGAUCACAACCAUCCCGUGCACUUGUGUGUCGACAAGAUCAUAGACACAGCCUAUACAGGUUUGAAGACCAGCACGACUGACCUUUUCUACAAGAGACAGUGUUGGGAAGUUGUUAAGUGCUACUUGGUGGCUUCGCUUCACCUGGAUGACGACGAGAUUUCCAUGGAGAAAAUAUUCAUGCAUCCAAGCUUCAGCGAUCCCAACUGUAAGAUAACUCCUAUUCAAGGUAUGCCUUACAAAUCUCAAGAAAAGCAGGCCCGAGCAACAUAUCAGAAAGCUAUUGCAGCAAUGCUUACUGCUGCUGCGACCAAAGACAUGAGACCGGUGGUUCUCUCCACCAUGGUGCUCCUUAUCAGCUAUUACUCCAUGGUUGCCAUAUCACAGCAGGCAGGCCCGUUCUCGACGACCAGCAAGCAGACGGAGGGCAUGGACCCCCUGGUGCUGAUCGACGCCCUGGCCGACGUGAUGGGCAGCGAGGAGAAGGAGUGGUGCAAGUCGGGCCACCUGACCCUGGUGCUCGUCCUGGAGACUGCCAACGACCUCCUCGGCUCCUUCCAGAGGGCCUGCCAGCUGCCGCUGAUGGAGUACCUGGCGGAGAAGAUGUGCUCGCUGUGCUACGAGCAGGCGUGGUACUCCAAGCUGGGAGGCUGCAUCGCCAUCAAGUUCCUGUACGAGCGCCUGGACCGGCGCUGGGUGUGCGAGCACCUCUUCAUGUUCCUCAAGGCCCUGCUGUUCGUGAUGCUGGAGCUCACCGGCGAGGUGUCGAACGGGGCCAUCGACAUGGCGAAGUCUAAUUUGGAGGCCAUGCUGACCCUGUGCGCUGCGCCCGUGGUGAAAGACGGCACGAACGACGACGUCGUGAACGCGCAGCAGAAGAGCCUGUCGGAAGUGACCCACGAGCUUGUGCGCCAAGUCACCAGCCCCAAUACAUUGGUGCGGGAGCAGGCCAUGCACUCGCUGGAAGUCCUGGCGAGGAUCCAGGGCACGUCGGUGACCCAGGUGAUAGAGCCGCACAAGGCCAUCCUGGAGGACAUGAUCCCGCCCAAGAAGCACCAGCUCCAGCACCAGCCGCCCAACGCGCAGAUGGGCAUCAUACACGGCACCACCUUCUGCACCACGCUGGAGCCGCGGCUGUUCACCAUCGACCUGAACGUGAAGGAGCACAGCAUGUUCUUCAACGACCUGGUGGCGCUGUGCGAGGAGGAGGACUCGGCUCUGGCGAAGCUGCCCAGCUACAAGCUGCUCACCAACUUCACCCCCUUGCGCAAGUUCGCGCUGCAGGCCCUCGCCGCCUGCCACUACAUCCAGAGCAGCCGGGAGAAGAUCUUCGGCCUGCUCUACAAGGCCAUGGAGGUGCCCAGCGCCGAGCUGCAGCAGACAGGCUUCGAGUGCAUGAAGAAGUUCAUCGCCGGCUUCCACGUGGACAAGGAGCAGGUGCACUCGGUGAUGCGGCCGCUGCUGACGACGCUCGGGGACUACCGCAACCUGACACUGAACAGCGCUCGCAGGCUGUCCUACCUCACGCAGCUCUUCCCGACCAGCUUCAGCGAGAAGCUGUGCGACCAGCUGCUGCAGCACCUCGAGAAGCUCAUGGAGACGUCCGCGCAGGCGAGGGGCCUGCUGAACAGCAACGGGGCGGAGCACGAGCAGAAGACGGUGUGCCUGAUAGACAUCUUCCACCAGAUCCCGCCCGCGUCGCAGAAGUACAUCGAGCCGCUGUGCCGGCUGGUGCUGCGGGCGGAGAAGAGCAUGCUGGUGCAGGACAGCUCCCCGUUCCGCCGGCCGCUGGUGUGCUUCCUGCUGCGCUACCCGCUCGAGACCGUCAGCCUGGUCCUGCAGGACGCCAACAUCAAGGACUACCAGUGGAGCCACUUCCUGGUGUACCUGAUAAACCACGAGAAAGGGAAGGUCUUCAGGGACGUGUUGGAGGCGAGCAGCGAGAAGCUGAUCAACAUGGCCCUUCAAGCCCAGCAGCAAGCAGACAAGUGCCAACUGCAGUACCAGAGUAUCCGCAUCACGUCCCUGCUGAUCAAGUACAACGACCAGUGGCUGGCCACGGAGCAGCAGUUGGUCAACACCUACACUCAGAUAUGGUGCAGCGAGCACUACCAGGAGCUGCACAAGAAGUUGGAUUGUGUUGAAAUGGAUCGUUGGAACGAACCAAAACUGUUGGUGAAGAUCUUGCUGCACUUUUUCUGCCACAAUACCAACAACAUUGACUUGUUGUUCCACUUGUUACGGGCAUUGAUUGAUCGCUUCAUACCAAGUUUCCAGUUCCUGAGGGAGUUCCUGGAGAACACGGUGGCGCAGACCUACACCGUCGAGUGGAAGCGGGCGGCGUUCUUCCGCUUCGUGGCGCUGUUCCGCGGCAACACCAUCUCGCAGGACCUGAAGGCGAAGAUCCUCCAGCUGGUGAUCAUCCCGUGCUGCACCGUGAGCUUCGAGCGGGGCGAGGGGGACAAGCUGGUGGCGGACAGCUCCCCCGUGGACCAGGACGGCCCUCAGAACCUCGUGUCCGUCUUCAUCAACGAGGUGAUCGACCCAGAUAACCCGUUUGGGAACUCCGAUGCCGUGCGGAUACUACAGUUUCAGUUGUCUUGUCUCUUUGUGGAAUAUUCCAUAAAUAGGGCCACCAAAAAGAGACAAGGAGUGUUCGUAGCGAGCAAGCUGCAGCGCCUCAUGGCCUUCGCGUGGCCGUGCCUGCUGAGCAAGAGCUGUGUGGACCCGGCCACCGUCUACCACGGACACCUGCUGCUCGUACACAUCAUCAUCAAGUUCGCCAUCAACAAGAAGAUCAUCCUGCAAGUGUUCCGCAGCCUGCUGAAGGCGCACGCGAUGGAGGCCCGCAGCGUGGUGCGGCAGGCCCUGGACAUCCUGACGCCGGCCAUCCCCACGCGCAUGGAGGACGGACACACCAUGCUCACCCACUGGACCAAGAAGAUCAUCGCCGAGGAGGGCCACUCCAUGCAGCAGCUGUUCCACGUGCUGCAGCUCGUGGUGCGACACUUCAAGGUGUACUACCCGGUGCGUCACCACCUGCUGCACCACAUGGUCAACUCCGUCCAGAGGAUGGGCUUCAGCACCUCGUCGACCAUCGAGCACCGCCGCCUCGCGGUCGAGCUGGCCGAGGUGGUCAUCAAGUGGGAGCUGCAGCGCAUCAAGGACGAGGCCGACCUCAAGGAGCGCAUGGUCAAGGAGGACGCCGCAAUCAUCGAGGAAGUGACCGACGCCACUUCGUCGGAGGAGGCCGGCACCUCGGACUCCAGCAAGAAGCGGCACGCGCCGGCCCCCGGCCCAACCGCCGCUGGCCAGUCGACCCCUCACCUCGACCUGCGGCCAAUCAGCCGCGCGCACGCCGAGAACGUGGUCAACCUGCUCAUCCGCCUCGCCUGCUCGGUCCAGGACAUGAACGCGGCGGUGGGGACCCCAGCGGGCUCGCCCGGGGAGCAGCUGUCUCGCCGCUGCAUCGCGCUGCUCAAGACGGCGCUGCAGCCCGACGUGCUGCCCCUGUUCGAGGUGAAGCUGGCCUGGCUGGAGAAGCUGCUGGGCACGGUGGACUCGGGCUCUGCCAACCUCGCCAACGUGUGCACGGCCCUGGAGCUGCUCGCCUACCUGUUCGGGGUCAUGAGGAAGGAGCAGGUGCUGGCCAGCGUCAAGCCGCUUCAGCGCGGCCUCUCCGCCUGCAUUACCUCCUCCAACAUGAAGGUGGUUCGGCUGGUCCACAGCCUGUUGUCCCGUCUCAUGACCAUCUUCCCGACCGAGCCCACCACCUCCAACGUCGCCUCAAAGUACGAAGAGCUCGAGUCGCUGUAUGCGUGUGUUGGCAAGUUUGUGUUCGAGGGCCUGGGCAACUACGAGAAGAACGCGGCGGCCAGCCCGUCGACGCUGUACGGCACGGUGAUGAUGCUGAAGGCGGCGUGCGUCAGCAACCCCAGCUACAUCGACCGCCUGAUCACGCCCUUCAUGCGGGUCCUGCACCGCAUGGCCAAGGAGCACCUCAGCUCCCACACCGCCAAGAACAACAACCAGAUGGCCUGUGAACUGCUGAUUCUGAGCUUGGACUUGGUCAAGAACAGGGUCGGGGUGCUGGGCAACGAACUGAGGAAGUCGUUCAUCGGGACCAUUCUCGUCAGUCUGAUAGAGAAGUCCAGCGACAUCAGGGUUCUCAAAGCCAUCACUAAGAUGGUGGAGGAGUGGGUGAAGAUGAAGAACCCCAUGGCGGUGAACCUCGCCCCGUCGCUGCGGGAGAAGGCCAUCCUGCUGGUGAAGCUGAUGCAGAACGUGGAGAAGCGGUUCUCGGACAACAUCGACCUCUCCAAGGUCGGCCAGAACAUGGAGAAGAGGCUGACGGAGCACAGGGAGCUGAACGCCCAGUUCCUCGAGAUUGUCGACUACAUCUACAGGGAUGAAGUACUAAAGACUUCGGAACUGACGGCGAAGCUGGAGCCGGCCUUCAUGGCAGGCCUGCGCUGCGUCCAGCCUGCGAUACGCGCCAAGUUCUUCGAGGUGUUCGACGCCAACAUGCGGCAGCGCCUGUACGACCGGCUGCUGUACAUCGUGUGCUCUCAGAACUGGGAGACCAUCGGCUCCCACUACUGGAUCAAGCAGUGCAUCGAGCUACUGCUGGUCACCACCUCCCAAGAAGCUCCUCUGAAAAUUACCUCCAGGUCGUACCUGUUGCCAGGAAUUUCCGAUUUACUGACUAAAGAUGAUUACGUUGAGAAAGCAUUAUUUAAUUUUUCACUUAAAGACCCUCCUAUGGAUACAUCAUUUGAAGCAUCUGAAAUGCAAGAUAAAGAGGCGGCGGAGAAGCAGGCGCCCGCGGCUGACGUCAUGGACCUGGACCUGCCGUCGGGCGCAAGGGGGGCCGACGCCCGGCAGCCCGCCCGCAGCCGCAAGGACUCGGUCAAGAUGCUAGUCGGCAAGUCGGCCGAGUUCCUGGAGAAGCAGCGCGAGCUGCGCACGUACGGCUUCCUGAGGGCGGUGGCGCACCUCUGCCACAUGGACACGUCCUUGGCCGAGAGCGUGUGGCUGGACCUCUUCCCCAAGAUCUGGUCCGUCCUGUCGGACAAGCAGCAGAGCGACCUGCGAGCUGAGAUAGUGCCGUUCGUCGGCAGCAACACGCACUAUGUGCAGAAGGACUGCCAGCCGAGCGCUCUCGGGACAUUCCUGGAGGCCAUGUCGCGAUGUUCUCCACCCAUUUCCAUGAAACCCCCGCUCAUGGUGUACCUGGGCCGCUCGCACAACCUGUGGCACAGGAUGGCCCUCGGCCUGGAGGACCUGGCGUUCGAGAACGGCAACAACGGCCAGUUGAAGUCGAGGAGGGAUUUGGUCGACUGCCACGAGUUCGAGCCCGUCGUGUCUCCUCAGCAGGAGGUUCUGGACUCCCUGGCCGAGAUGUACAGCCAGCUGUGCGAGGAGGACCUGUGGGCGGGGCUCUGGCAGAAGCACGCCCACUGCCGCGAGACCAACGUGGCCAUCAUGUACGAGCAGCAGGGCUUCUUCGAGCAGGCGCAGCAGGCGUACGAGGUGGCCGUGUCCAAGUUCCGCAACGACCACUCCGCCUCCCCCGCCCCCUUCAGCAUGAACAGCGAGACCAAGCUGUGGGAGCAGCACUGGGUCAGGUGUGCGAAGGAGUUGAACCAGUGGGAGCUGCUGCUGGACUACGGGAGCAACGAAGUGACGCGCAACCCUUUCCUGGUGCUGGAGUCCUCCUGGAGGAUCCCGAACUGGGCGCUCAUGAAGGAGUCCCUCUCCCAGGUCGACAUGAACUGCCAGAAGGAGAUGAUGUGGAAGGUGAACCUGUACCGCAGCUUCCUGACCAUCUGCCACACGGAGGAGCAGCACCUGACGGGCGUGGAGCGCUACGUGGAGCUGGCCCGCAACCAGUGCCUGCGGGAGUGGCGCCGCCUGCCCCGCGUCGUCUCCCACAUCCACAUGCAGUACCUGCAGGCCGCCCAGCAGGUAAUGGAGGUCCAGGAAGCGUGCACCAUGCGCACAGCGCUGAUUCACAACCGCAACAACGCCCACCACGACAUGAAAGGCAUCAUCAAAACCUGGCGCAUCCGACUGCCGGUCAUCGCCGACGACCUCAGCCACUGGAACGACAUAUUCACCUGGCGGAAGCACCACUACUCCUUCGUCACGUCCCACUUCGAGGGCCAGUCGGACGCCAGCCAGGGCAAGAUAGGGGUCCAUGCCUCCGCACAGGCAAUCAUCCACUUUGCGAAGAUAGCGUGCAAGCAGAACCUGACGGGGGUGUGUCUGGACUCGCUGUCCCGCAUCUACACCAUCCCCAACCUGCCGGUGGUGAACUGCUUCCAGACCAUUCGGCAGCAGGUCAAGUGCUACGUCCAGAUGGCCACCACUUCCAGCAAGAACGACUUGCAGGAGUGUUUGGAAGUUAUUGAACCAACAAACCUGAAGUACUUCACACGAGAAAUGAGUGCUGAGUUUUUUGCACUCAAAGGAAUGUUGCUGUCUCAACUGGGUCGCUCGGACGAGGCCCACAAGAACUUCUCGGCGGCGGUGCAGCUGCACGACACGCUGACGAAGGCGUGGUCGCUGUGGGGCGACUACCUGGAGACCGUGUUCACGAAGGACCCCCAGCGCAUGGAGCUGGGGGUCAACGCCAUCGUGUGCUUCCUGCACGCCUGCCGCAACCAGAACGAGAUCAAGUCCCGCCGGCACCUCGCCAAGGUGCUGUGGCUGCUGUCGUACGACAAUGAGCAGCUGUCAUUGGCCACGGCGGUGGCCCAGUACUCGUCGGGGGUGCCCCCGGCCCAGUGGCUGCCGUGGAUCCCGCAGCUGCUCACCACCCUCAUGCGUCGCGAAGGGGAGAAGUUCUUCCCCCUCAUUGGCCAGGUUGGCCGCUUGUUCCCGCAAGCAGUUUAUUUCCCUGUCAGAACUUUGUACUUCACGUUGAAGUUUGAGACACUGGAGAGGAGUAAAGUUGGAGAUCCUGCCGGCAAACAGGCUGCAGGCAGUUCUCAGUCGGCGGCUGGUGGACAAAGCCCAGUCAAAGACGUGAAGCCAAAGAUCAAGUCUGCGUUGUCGCCCGACUCCCAAGCCCAAGAAAUGUCGGGCGCGCAGCAGGCGCAGCCAGGGGGCAGGGAGACGUCCAUCCGCGCCCCGCUGGCCAUGUGGCGCUGCACGCACAUCAUGCGCGCCCAGCGCGAGGUCAACCUGACCGUGCUGUCCACGCUGGAGGGCAUCCACGACCAGAUAACGUGGUUCCGAGAAAACUGGUACGAGGAAGUGUCCAGACAGCUGCGACAGGGGCUCACAAAGUGUCUGGCCAUUGCCUUCGAGAACCGCGGUGCCGUGAGCGACGCACAGAUCACCAACCACACGUUGAACUUUGUCAAGAAGGUGGUUUCCACAUUUGGCAUUGGCUUGGAGAACAUCAACACGCGCAGCGCGCUCACGUACAGCUCCCUGAGCAGCGCGGCCUCCGAGAGCCUGGCGUCGAGGGCGCGAGCCACGGUGCAGGACCCCGUGUUCCACAUGAUGAAGACCCAGUUCAAGACGGACUUCGACUUCUCCCUGCCCGGCUCCAUGAAGCUGCAGAACGUCAUCUCCAAGCUCAGGAAGUGGAUCGCCAUCCUGGAGAACAAGCUGAAGACGCUGCCAAAGUCUUUCCUGAUGGAGGAGAAGUGCAGAUUCCUGAGCAGUUUCUGUCCCGAGACAGCUGACAUCGAGCUGCCAGGGGAGUUCCUGCUACCCAAGCACGCGCACUACUACGUGCGCAUCGCCAAGUUCAUGCCGCGCGUGGACAUCGUGCAGAAGCACAACACGGCGCUGCGGCGCAUGUGCAUCCGGGGCCACAACGGCAAGGUCUACCCCUUCCUGGUGGUGCUGAACGAGUCCGGCACGGGCGACGCCCGGCGCGAGGAGCGGGUGCUGCAGCUGCUGCGCCUGCUCAACCACCACCUCGCCAAGCAGAAGGAGACGGCGCGCCGCUUCCUGAACUUCACCGUGCCGAGGGUGGUGGCGGUCGGCCCCCAGAUGAGGCUCAUCGAGGACAACCCCGCCUCCAUCUCCCUGCUCGACAUCUACAAGCAGGGCUGCACCCGCGUCGGCAUCGAGCACGACGCUCCCAUCAUGCGCUACUACGACCGCCUGGCCGCCGUCCAGGCGCGUGGUUCGCAAGCCAGCCACCAAGUUCUCCGCGACAUCCUGAAGGAAGUCCAGAACUCCAUGAUCCCACGAUCCCUGCUCCGGGACUGGGCGACACGUACCUUCGCGUCGGUCACGGAUUACUGGGCCUUCCGCAAAAUGUUCACUCUUCAGUUGUCUUUGGCAUGUUUUGCUGAAUACGUGCUGCACUUGACGAGGCUGAACCCAGACAUGAUGUACAUACACCAAGAUUCUGGGCUCGUCAGUAUUUCCUACUUCAAGUUUGAUGUUGAUGAUGCAACAGGCGACCUGGACUCAAACCGGCCGGUGCCGUUCCGCCUCACCCCGAACAUCCUGGACUACCUGAACAUCAUCUGGGUGUCGGGCCCGCUGACAGCCAGCAUGAUGGCGACCGCCCGCUGCCUGUCGCAGCCCAAGUUCCGCGUGCAGACCAUCCUGCGCGCCGUUCUCCGCGACGAGAUGAUAGCCGGCCACAAGAAGAAGCAGGAGGACUCCCAGGAGCAGAACCCGCCCGACAUGGAGAGCGACCUGCUCAUCAGCAUGGUCACCCGGGCGGUGACAGCCAUCACCUCCCGCCUCAACACGCUCGCCAGCUUCGACAACGCAGACAGCAAGGUUGGAACACUGGUAACUGCUGCGAACAGUGCUGACAACCUAUGCCGCAUGGACCCAGCGUGGCAUCCCUGGCUGUGAGCACAGUGUUGACUCCAAGUCAUAAGUGCUGCGGACAUUACGACAAGAACAUUGUGACCUCAGCAUUUAGUGAUUUCUCUUGACUGCUGUCAGUUGCUGUAAUGAGGCAUAAGACUUGCACAGUUUAAAUUAAUUUCUAUAAUUUUACUUUUCAUUACAUUUUGUGCAACUCUUCCAAUACUUAUGGACAAUUAAGAAAGGGUUUUCACAAUAAGUGUUGUCUGUUUCAAUGACACAAACUAUAGUGUAAUUUUUGUACCAAACAUUGUGUGUUAGAGUUAUGUGAAAUGUGUAUAUUUUUUAAAAGAACUGUGAUUGUGAUGUAUGUAUUUUUGUGUGUAUAAAGUAGUUUUAAGGAGAAAAUAACUCAAUGAUUGUAAAUUCUG